GGGAAGACUACAUGGAUUCUUUUGAGGCAAACACCCAAUUCACUCAACUAUUGCGUGAGUUGAACCCAACUGUGCAGAGCUUGCGCAAAGCGGCACACUUCGCCAUCAAAAACUGGGAAAAUGAAGACUACUUGUUUACUUCCAUCAUGAGUAUUCUCCAGGACCCCAAAAUCGAGGUCAAUACCAAAUCUACCAUCUUUCAGUUUAUCGAUAUCUUGGUUAACGAGUCUCAUACUAUAUCACUGCAACCGCGGUCCAACUACUCAUAUCCUUACAUUUCCAGUGUCAAAAACUCACUACCCCUGAUUUUAUUGGAUGUGUUACCUGCUUCCAACAAUUACAAUCUCCAUAGUGUUUUCAACAGUCUUCGAAAUAUUUCUCGGGUGUUGAAGAUUGACUGCCAGAAGUUUGAAGAUGACUUCUCGUCCUUCAGUCCAGAUAUUUUGGACGAUAAUGACAGACAAAACAUCGAUUUGAAUGUUCCCUAUCCCAACAUUACCCUUGAGAAUUCAGAUUCUGCCAACGAUCCUGUGACUCGGACCUGGGAAUUACUUUCCCAGAAGCGUAAACAAAGCUACUAUGAGAGACUUAGGCUUCUUAAACACCAAAAACCGGUGGAACAAGAGGUUAAAGAGUCGGAAAUGUUCAAUUUGAGGCCCAAGGAUAAAUAUGGCCCUAACGAAUUGUCAAGAAAACAGAUUCUUCUGAGAAUGGAAGACGAUAGAGAAACACAUAAAAGGUCAAAGGAGAAUCUCUGGGUGGUAAAUCGUCCAAAAGAGGUGCCGUAUGUCACUGAACAUGAAUUUCAACAGUACUACUGGAACAGAUAUGACUCACUCUCGGAUAAAGACGAAAAGGCAUUGUUGGAAACCCUUGAUGACUUCAAUACCGUGGUGAUGGCCAGCUACAAAGACAACCAGUUUUAGGCGACCUUUUAUUUAUAUACAACUUAUAGUGAAUGUAACGAUCAUGUCUACAUAUUUGCAAUCGAUGUCGAGAUGAUACUCAACAACUCAUUUCUUCCCGCAACACCGUACUUGGCCGAGGUACUCUUGCAGUUACUAUCCAAAGCCGCUACUGUCAACACAUUGGGAAUGACGUUUUGGUCUCCCAACGUGUUUCCAAGUUGGAAAUUGGGUUCAUCCACGGAGGUGGUUCCUCCACUAACAAAGAGACCUGAAACUCCAUGUCCAUCAUUCGGAUACUCAAGAGAAGGAGUCUUUUCCUUGAUGGGAGUAGACGUUGCAGAAUCGUUCACCACUCGAGGUUUGAAGUCGUUGAGGGAAUUAUUAUUGAAGUAGUGGACCAAGAAAUUGAGUGCUCUUAAACUUAAUUGGUUUUGCUGGAUCACCACAUUGUUCCUGAUCAAUGAAGCGUGAAUACCAUCACUUUCAUCAAAGAGUAAAUUGACAUGUUGAAUUAAGUCUCCCAUAAGAUCGAUGCUUCUAUGCUUAUCCUCAUAAAUAGACUUCCCCGGGUUGAAAAUAAUCGUACAAUCCUCUAUUUCUGCCUUGGAACCCGGGAGCCGCUCAACCUUGGCUUCCACGAGUUGCCUUACUUGAGGCAUCCAGUUACCAAUUUCCAGUUCGUUGACGAUCGAAAUCCACUUCUUUGAUCCUUUGAACUUGAUGUAGGCUCCAUUCUCUGCAAUCAAACCCAUACUUGGAACUCUUCUGAACAUGGUAUCGAGAGUCAGUCUCUUCAUGUAGCUACACAAAAACACCUUGUUAUUAUCAUCCGAUAACACAUUGUUCAAAAGAGUAGCUAGGUGGGAUGGAGGAAGAAUAUCCGAGUUCUUGAUGUCCCUUGUCUUCAUCGAAACAGGCACACUGUCUGGUCUGCUAUCUGCAAAGCUCGUGAUUGCGGAAGCAGUUUCCAAGUUUAUAAAGAAUAACCUGCUACCACCUUUACUGUCUGAAUAAAAAUUCUGGAAGACAUUCUUACUAAAUGUGCUCAAGUU